CUUAACUUUGCAGACAGGGCAGGUGGCAGCAGUUGUCAUGGAGAUAGCUGCAGGCCCGGCGUCGGUGCGAGGGGUUGUUUCCAUGGAGAUCCCGCCCCGAGGUGCGCUGGCAGCGGUGGAGGAGGACGAGGACCGCGAGCAGACGGGCUCCGAAGAGCGGCUUCAGCAUCCCGGCCAGCUCCGCCGCCGCGGCCCGACCUCCCGCCAGGGAAACUUUUACAUGCUCGUCGUGAUCGGAGAGAUCGCCACAGAGCACCAGCUGCACAACGCCAGACAGCACAUAGAGCGCGGUAUCCGUUCCUGGGACAUCAGUGUUUCAGAAUGUGACCUGGACCAACAACUACAGCUUUUCAUAACCAGACAUUCCGCCCAGUUCUCAGCCGAGGUCAGAGGUCAAAGGACUCUGCACCACAAAAGUGAUGUUCUUGAGACGGUUGUAUUAGUGAACCCAUCAGAAGAUACAGUUAUCUCUGAGAUCCAUUGUCUUGUAUCUGACCCAGCUGUGCACAAGCUGCUGGUCCUGAGUGGGCAGAGUUCUGACCAAGGUGACCUGGUUCUCCAAACUGGAGUGUUCAGUCAUCAAACUUUCUCACGUGUGUUUGCUGAUCCUGAGGUUAGUAAUUUGCUGGUUAAAGCCAGCUCUGGACAGCGGGCAUCACUGACUGUGUCCUGCCGUGGUGAGGCAGGCUGGAGCUCUUUGGGGCAACAGCAACACAUUAGGGAGUUGCUGAAUUAUAGGCUGAAUCCAGAACCCGUACUCCCUAAGAUGGAGGGGGUCACUGAGUUUACCGAAUACAUAUCUGAGACUGUGGAUGUACCAUCCCCAUUUGACCUUCUUGAGCCUCCAACCUCUGGAGGAUUCCUAAAGCUGUCAAAGCCUUGCUGCUACAUCUUCCCUGGUGGACGGGGGGAUUCUGCGCUUUUUGCCGUCAAUGGUUUUAACAUUCUGAUUGACGGUGGCUCUGACAGAAGGUCAUGCUUCUGGAAGCUUGUCAGACAUUUAGAUCGUAUUGAUUCUAUCCUUCUCACCCAUAUUGGUGCUGAUAAUCUUCCUGGAAUCAAUGGACUCCUUCAAAGGAAGGUUGCCGAACAGGAGGAAGAACAGUCUCAAGGCUCGACCACCUACAGUGAUUGGAUGAAGAACCUGAUCUCGCCCGAGCUUGGAGUUGUGUUCUUCAACGUACCUGAGAAGCUUCGCACAUCAGAAUCGAAUUUGAAAGUCAAGCGAAGCAUUGAGGAAGCCUCUCUUACACUGCAAUACCUCAACAAGCUAGGAAUUAAGCCUGAGCCCCUUUUUCGAGUGGUUAGCAAUACCAUUGAGCCCAUCACUCUUUUUCACAAGAUGGGUGUGGGCAGGUUAGACAUGUUUGUCCUGAACCCUGUUAAGGACAGUAAGGAAAUGCAGUUCCUCAUGCAGAAGUGGGCCGGUAACAGCAAGGCCAAGACAGGGAUAGUGCUUCCCAAUGGAAAAGAGGGAGAAAUAUCUGUCCCGUAUUUGACAUCUAUUACUGCUCUCGUUGUAUGGCUCCCUGCCAACCCUACAGAAAAAAUUAUCAGAGUUUUGUUCCCUGGAAAUGCACCGCAGAACAAAAUCCUUGAAGGGCUUGAAAAGUUGAAGCACCUUGAUUUCUUGCGGUAUCCUGUAGCCACCCAAAAAGACAUCAAUUCUGGCGUUUCACCUUCAGCGGUGAAACAAACAAAGCUAAAGCAGAGAACUGACAGCAAAGAAAGUCUCAAAUCAUCUCCCAAGACUCAAGCACCAGCUAAGCCUUUUAAGAAAGAAACCGACGAGCUUGAGGAUGUAUCCGUUGUCGAAAUGAAGAGUGACUCUGUCAUUGAGAACAAGGUUGAGAAAAAAGAAGAAAAGAAGCACACCAAGCCAUUGAAACCGAAAGCAGAAGUGACAGAAAAGAAAAAAUUAUUGAAGGAGAAACCACUGAAAAAACACCCCAAAGAAAGGGUGUCCAAAAUGGAUGAAAAGAAAGACAAAGAAAAGAGGGAAGUUAAGAAAGAAAAGCGUGAAAUUAAAAAAGAUGAUGCUGUGAAAAAAGAUGACAAAAAAAGUAAAGCCAAGGACACUUCAAAACCUGAACUGAGAAAAAUAACUAAGCCUGACCUGAAACCUUUUACACCAGAGGUCAGGAAGACCCUCCACAAGGCCAAAACCCAAGGAAAACCCAAAACAAUAAAGAGCAAACCUACAACUGCCAAGAAAGAAAGUGCAGAGGUUGCGGCAGAACCAGUUGCUGAGAAGACUGAGCCUGAGAAACCAGAGAAAGGGGCAGGAGAAGUAAUAUCUGCUCCAUCUACUCCAGAAGAUUUAACAAAAGAGUUUGAUGAAAUCAGACCCACUGAAACGACAGACCACUCUGAAGCCCCUAAAAGUGCCCUUACUGUUUCCGAAUUACCAGCUGAAAGAGAAGAUGAAACUUCAAAUGUUGCAGAGGAGAGAGAACAAGAUCAUGUUACAGAAACCGAUAUUGUGGAACAAAAAACUACAGAGCAAGAAGCAGCACCAUCAGCAGAAAUCCAAAAAGUACCAUCAGCAGAAGUGAAAGAACAACAGGAUGAGCCCCAAACAUCAGAAUUAGACAAAUUUGAGGAUGAGGGUGCAGCAAUUGAAGAUGAAGAUGAGGAGGAGGUUGACAUACAGCCUGUUAAGAAGAAGACAGAAGAGGAGGAGGAGGAAGACAUGGGAAUAGGAGAUGAAGAGGAUGAAGGGGCAACAAAGGAAACCAAAGACUUGGAGGGAGUGGACAGAAAACAUGAAGUUGAAGAAAUGGAGAAGCAAAAACAAGUGGAGGAAAUAAAGACUGUAGCUGAAGAGGAGCAAUUUGAAGAAGAUGAUGUGAUUGAAAAAGCUGAGCUAGAAGAGGCUGAGGAUUUGGAUGCCAUUGCGGAUGAAGAAAUAAAGGAUCUUUCUGCUGAGAAAGUCAAGGAAGAAGAGGAUGCAUACUUGUCAAAUGUUGGAGGCAUUACAGCUGGCAUUACUUCUACAGCUCAAGGAGCUGCAGCAGCAGAAAACUUAUCUUACAUUCAGGAUGAAACCAUCCCAGGUUACUCUGAGACUGAACAGACCAUCUCAGAUGAGGAGAUCCAUGAAGAAGCAGAGGACAGGAUACCACACCUUCAAUAUGAGGUUGGUAGCUACGAUGUCUCCGUCCCAGACCAACCAGGCUCCUUUGAUGCCAUCCACGGAAUGAGAGAAAUGCAAGCUGCUGCAAUGGGCAAUGGAGCAGGCAAAGUAUUGAUUGGUGCACAGGAGCCACCUAUUUCCAUCUACACCAGCAUACUUGCAGCACCAUUAGCUGAAGAGGAACAUGUUUCUUCGGCAACGUCUAUAACGGAGUAUGACAAACUGUCUUCUUUACCCACUUCUGUUGCAGAAGAUCAGUCAGUGGCAUCCGUCACAGCACCUCAGACCGAAGACACUGGAAAAAGUUCCCUAGUCUUGGACACCGUUCAACCGGUUACCCAGACUGAGGCCACCCAAGGAAAAGACUACCUACAUUCAGCUGGAACCAUCUCACCGACAUCCUCCUUAGAAGAAGACAAGUGUUUCAAAUCAUCUCCCUCUGAGGAAUCUCCACCACUUCCUUUAGAAGGCAAAACUGAGGGAAUUGAGGUGGCUGCCCAUUACGGUGAUGAAGAAGAGGAUGAAUAUGAGGAUCAAACUCCAAAUGUUGACAUUUCACUUGGAAAGUUACAAGAAGCAUAUGCCUCACCUGAUAAACUUGAACACAAGGAGAAAGAAAUGGACAAACCCAAAAGUCCUGUGCCUUCAGUUCCUGACACUUCAUCUGAUGAAAAAUCCUCACCACCUGAGAAGGAGAAGGCAUCAGAAUCACCUUCUAGGGAGGAGUCAUCUUUUGAAGUACAAACAAUACUCGCCUCACCAGUGCAAAGUGUUUCUAAGGUUCCUGUUACUGAAGCUAGUGUUUUCCCAGAUGUGGAAGACCGAUGCAUUAGCCCAGAUGACAGCACUGUCAAAAUGGCUUCUCCUACACAUUCUGGACCACCUAGUGCGUCUCAUUCUCCCCUCAGAAUGUCACCUGUGGAAGGGAAGGAAAAAGUUCUCCUUACAGAGACUUAUCAAGAACCAGGAGUGCCACUUAGCUCCACUGAAAUUAAAUCUGAAAAGGAGAGUGGGGAACAAAAACCUGGCAUUUUAGAUGAGAAAGAAAUACCUCAAGCAGAGGAAGAGGAAAAGAAGACAAUCCAGGAAGCCACCUUUGCACCAUCUCCACUUGUUGAUGACAUGUCAGCUAAAAAAGAAAGUCUGUCAAUUCUACCAACAGAAGAAAUAGGUGAUACAAAGGUGAUGCCUGACCCAAGUGUUGAAAAGAAGGGUGAAGUUGAAGAGGACUUAAAAGAAAGCAGCAAGGCUGUAAUUCUUGAGGAUAAAGACAGCAAAUUAUCUGAUGAUCAUGACAUUAAAGAAACUUGUGAUUUAAAGUCAUCUACAGACAAAGAAGAGAAAAUAGAGAAGGAGAAAGAAAAGGAGGGUGAGAAAGAUGAUGCUGAAGGGAAGCAUGAGGAGAAAGAUGAAUUAUUAAAGUAUGCAGAGGUUACAGAUAAAGGUGAUGUAAUAUCAGAACCAGAAAAAUCAGCAUUGCCCUCUAAAGAGGAUUUUGAUAAGAAAAAUGCAAAUGUAGAAGAGUUUCAAGAUAAGAGUUUUCCAGCAGUUCUGGAAAGUUCUAGGAUAGAAAAACAGGAGAAACAAGUAGAAGAAAUUCAGCCAGAGAAAGCCGAAAUAUCUUCUAAAUUGGACAAGGAAUUCAAAGAGAAAGAUCUGACUGAUAUAUCUGGCCUGUCCAUAGAAAGCCCAGACAUCAAAGCAGAAACAUCAACAUCUCAUGAAUUAGCCAAAAAAUAUAUGGAGACACAAGACACUGUAGAGACAGAUUUGACAACUAAACCGGAAAAGACCUCUGAGCAAAAACCUGAAUCAACUGAUAUUACACCUGAACAGGUGGCUUUGAAGGAACCUGAAUCAUCCGUCUGUACAAUCCCAUUUAAGGAAGACACAGAUGGCCUCAAAUCUCAAACACAACAGUUAAGUGAAAAAACAGAUGUUUCUUUGAAAGAUGAAGAAAAGGUAGAAAGUAAAAGUGAGGCUGGACUGACAUAUGAGAAAAUGAUUUCAGCUGCCAAAGAACAUGAAGACUCUAGAGAUACCGAUGUAGAAAAAAUAAAAUCUGUUACACAAGAGCAAAUUUCCCUCUCAAAACCAGAUGUUCAAUCUACAGAGAUGCAUGUAGAAGUGUCCAUUAUAGAGAAGGAUAUGUCUGCUAAAGACAUUCAAGAAUCAGUGCAAGAGAUGAAACCUCAUAUAUUAGAGGCAACUCUGGGUGAGACUGGAAUUACUAGUAAACAAGAUAAAGACUUGAAGGAGAAGCUAUUGGAAGAAACUCAAACCACACAACAUUUAGAAAAAACAGAUGUAUCAUACAAAGAAGAGCCUCAAAUACCACAUUCCGUCAUUUCACAGGACACAGAUAAAACUAGCCAAGAUAUGGAAACUGCAGAGGACACUAAAUCCAAAACACAAAUUUCUGUUUCAGACAAAAUGGAUUCCUUACCAACAUUAGACCAAGAAUCUAAAGAUGAACCUUCAGAAUUUAGCCAAGGUCAAGCUUUGCCAUCUGAACCUGAGAAAUUAGAUUUGUCUUCUAAAGAUGAUCAGGACCAGAAAAGCAAAGAGUUUGAGAAGUUAACUAGCAAACUAGAUGAAGAGCCUACAGAAUGUCAGACAUUUGAAAAAACAGAUAAGCUUACUAUCUCUAAAUCUGAUUUUGAUUCUGAAGUGAAGAGCGAACCCCAGACAAUAACACCAGAGAAAAAAGAUGCACAAGCUAAAGAGGAUGAAAUAAGCGAAGGCAUAUUUGUCAAAUCUGAGCAACCAGUUGAGCUUGAAGACAUUUCGCCAAAACCGUAUGAAUCUAAAGAUAAGUGUGCGGAGGAAACUCAACUUAAGAUAUUUACAGAUCAAUCAGUAUCUGAGAUUGCCGCUGCUAAAAAGGACCAACAGUAUGAAGAAAAACACACUGAAGAGGUUGUAACAAAAGUACCUCAACCAAGUAUGGCAACUGAUGUGCCAUCUGACACAAAACAAGAACUUAAGGAAAUAUCUGUGGAAGAAAAGCCAGAACAGAUUCCAACAGAAUCAAAAACUGUGGAUUCAAAAUCAGAACAUGAUACUGUAGACACACUAAAGCAAACAGAUCUUCCUAUUGCAGAAGAUAAAACAACUGAUUCGAAAGUAAGCAAAGAGCCUGAGGAGACAUUAAUGAAAGAAGAUGCAUCAAAAUUGGUGUCAGAUGAAUUAGACACCAAAAUGGACUUGGGAGCCAAACAGAAGUCUUUGGUUGAAUCUUCAGAGCAAAUGAUUGAGACCUCAGAUCUGAGUUGUAAAGCAACUGCGGAAUUGAAAGAUGAACCUAAAGAAGAUAUCAAACAAGACACGUCAUUACAUGAAACAGAUGCUUUCCCAUCAUCAGACAUUGGAUUCAAAUUAAAUUUGGAUUAUAAAGAAAAAUUCAUUGAAGAAGCCUCUUCAACUGUGGACAAAACAAAAGACACCAAGUCAACCUUUGAAACUACAUUUCCAACCAAGUUUUCAGAUGAAGAUGAAAGUACUGAAGAAGAUGAAGGAGAUGCUGUUUGUAUGGGAGGUGCUGGUUCAAGACCAUUAUCAGUGGAACUUUGGAAGUCUGAUGAACCAAAGCCAAGCAGUUCUACACAACCACCUGAGACAAGUAUGAAAAAAGAAGAAAUUGUGGUCCAUUUAGAAGAAAAAGAGUUGACUAGAGAUUUCAGUGGAGCAUCACCUGAAUCAGAGAAGGAGUCUAAGGUGGAUACCACAUCACUUACACCUUCUACUACAGAUACAAGUACUAAAGCUGUCUCAGAGACUCUAACUGAGACCAAACCAACAAGUAUCAUACUGCCCAGCUCUGAGAGUCAGGCAAGUGUUAAGGAUGACCAACAUGAAACACUGCCCUCUUCAAAGGAAGCUGCAAAACCUGAGAAAGAGGCUGAAAGGGAAAGGGAAGGAGAACGAGAGGUUGCCUCUCCAGGGUUAGAGCCACAUUCUGAUUUCCAAAAGACUAGCAGUGCAGAUGAGAAAUGUGCUGAAAAGGCUGACAGCAUGGGAAUGAAAUCCGAUGACAAGACGACUUAUGAAGUUGAAAAAGAAAGCUACGAAGCCUCUAAAUAUGAGCCAUAUGAAAAACCCAUUUCAAAGGACACUGAAAGAGAAAGAGAGGAAGAGGACCAGCUGCUUGGAGCUGCUUGUUCAGUAGAGGAGCAAAGUGAUGAAGAGCCAGUGUCUUUCAGCAAAGUUGAUUACCAGACUUCACCAAGUAUUCACAGCAGCCAAAGUGCCUACUCAGAGCAAGACAAUAAGGAGCGAUAUCAAGAAGAAGAAUUGGUUAGAGAAGAGAGACCAGAUCUUUUUGUCGACAACAGUUUUACAUGUGACAGCAAAGCUACUUUGGCAACAGGUUCAAGCUUGUUUGCCUCUAGCGAUUUGCAAGACAAAUCAGAAAAAUUGGAGAGAGAAGAGAAGGAGAAGGAGAAAGAGGACACACAUUCUCCUCUUCAAGGUAAAGAUGAUGGAAGUCAUGUUAAAUUGUCAGAUAAAGAACCAUGUACAUCUGCUUCCAGCCUUUCAAAACCUGAUACACAAGAGAAAGACCAUAAAACAGAAGAAACAUUGGCAACCCCUUAUUCAGAGGACCUGGACAAGACCAGAACCCAUGUGACUGAAGCUUCCCCUCCACAAGGACUUCUUACAUUAUCACAAGAUAAAAAUCUUCAGCAAAGUCUAGCAACUUCAUCAACAUCUGCUUCUGAUGAAAGCAAAAUGGAGAGUCCAAUCUCAAGUGAAAGUAUCAGAGAUAAAAACAAACAGGAUUCAGCUGAAAGCCAAAGUGAUCUGUUUUCUUCUGGUCGAUACUCACCACCUGAAAAGGACAUGCUUGCUGCCAGGUCACCACCUGAAGAUCCAAGCACCUCCACUCCUGGUUCUUCAGGGCAGUCUGUGAAAGUCGAUGACAAUGUUCUUGCACUUGAGGGCGCUGGCAAAACAGAUUCUCUUUCCAGCAAGUCAUUGAUUGUGAGUGCGGAGACAGACGAAAGCUUGGUCAGAAGCCAAAAAAUAUUUGCAGAAGAAGAGGAUGACUAUGAGGAGGAGGAAGAGGAAGAUGCAAGUGACUUGGAUAUUGAAAAGGGUGCCAGAGAGAUGUCCGAGAAAGAGUCCAAAGUAGCAUUUGAUACCAUGACUGCAUCUAAACCACUUGAAGCAAAACCAGAAGAUACUGCUGCUUCCUUAGCGUCUGGAGCAACUGCAGAAGAUCUACAGACAGAAACAACUGGUGAGUCAUCCUCAAAAAAGUCCCCCACAACAGAGCCUGUAUUAGUACCUGGAGAGCACAAGGAUGUAAUCAGCAAGGAGGAUGAACAGUCCAAGAAACAAGAUGCUAUUUCAGUCCAAUAUGACAUACCCAAACCCACCGAUGACAAACAGGAGCCACAGAAAACAUCUGAUAAAAAGCCUGAAGUGACUGAAUCCCUAGCUACACAAGCAACCAUGUCUGAUGCAACUUACUCAUCAUCUUCAUCCUUUAGUUACUCUUCUUCAACGUCUGCCUCAUAUUCAACUGGUCAACACUUUGGAGAAGGCCUAGAAACACCGAUUAAUAUUCCUAGUGUCCAACUAAGAUCAGAUGGAGACAGUAUAUCAUAUGAGUACUCAUCGUUAAAAGAGGAAGAGUCGCCCAUUAUGGAUCUACCAUGCUUAAAAAAAGACGAAUAUAUGGAAGUCUCAGACCGGAUGACACCUGCUACAACAACAGCUGAAUCAAUAUCUAGUCUUGCCAGGUUUUCUCCUCUCAGUCCCUUGGAAGAAUCCAAAUCGUUUCUUCAAGAUCAAACAUCAUCAGCAGAGGAAAAGUCAGAGGAGGAUAUGUCAAGCAUAAAAUCUGACAGGGAUCAGGUCUCUCAACCUAAAUAUGUAGCAGAGCCACAUUCCUCAAAAACGACUGAAUUAGCAACUUCUGAACAUGCAGCUCAACCAACUGAGGUGGCAUCUACGACAUCUCUCAAGUUUGACAUUGCACCUUUGGAGAAGGCUGACUCGACAGAUAAACAUUCACAGGAAAAAUCCUCUGAUGAUGAGCCUGAGGAUAGUAAAAGCAGUUUUGAGGAGGGAACCUUACCAUGCAGAAUUGAAUGCGAAAGAUCUUCAUCUACUGAAAAAUUAAGCACAGCAUCUUCACCAGAGCAAGAUGCCGAUGUAAAACCCUCAACCACCAUAUUACAUUCAUUUGAUCCUCAAACCACAGAUGGACGAACAGAAAUGACAAGUUCUCAGAAGGCGCCACUCACAACAUGUGGGACUCUCAGUACUGACAUACAAAGUGGACAAAGUAUGAAGCAAGAAGGGGCAGAGAAGUCUGAGGAAAUUAAAGACUUGCCUGAAAAAGAACAGGAGGGGGCUGAAAUGAAAGAAGCAAAAAUAAGCAAGAUGGAAUAUGAAGAGGAGUGUGAGACAGAUGAAAAAGGAGGAAAACAUAAAGCAAUAAAGGAAGAACCGAUACAACCUGAAAAGAUGGUUGAAGUGAGGUCAGAAAAGAGGGAUGAAAGCCUAGAUGAUGGCAAGAAGUCAGAGCAGCAGAGCGAUAGUGCAGGAAAAACCGAGCAGUCGAAAGAGGUAGAACAAAUUGAAAAAAUUGUAGAAAAGGAAUGUAAAGAAAAAAUAGUAGAGAAGAAGGAGCCAAGCGAUAGUGAAGGGAAAACCGAGCAGUCGAAAGAGGUAGAACAAAUUGAAAAAACUGUAGAAAAGGAAUGUAAAGAAAAAAUAGUAGAGAAGAAAGAGCCAAGCGAUAGUGAAGGGAAAACUGAGCAGUCAAAAGAGGUAGAACAAAUUGAAAAAAUUGUAGAAAAGGAAUGUAAAGAAAAAAUAGUAGAGAAGAAAGAGCCAAGCGAUAGUGAAGGGAAAACCGAGCAGUCAAAAGAGGUAGAACAAAUUGAAAAAAUUGUAGAAAAGGAAUGUAAAGAAAAAAUAGUAGAGAAGAAAGAGCCAAGCGAUAGUGAAGGGAAAACCGAGCAGUCAAAAGAGGUAGAACAAAUUGAAAAAAUUGUAGAAAAGGAAUGUAAAGAAAAAAUGGAAGAGAAGAAAGAGCAGAGUGUUAGUGAUGGGAAAACUGAGCAGUCGAAAGAGGUAGAACAAAUUGAAAAAAUCGUAGCAAAGGAAUGUAAAGAAAAAAUGGAAGAGAAGAAAGAGCAGAGUGAUAUUGAAGGGAAACCCGAGCAGGCGAAAGAGGUAGAACAAAUUGAAAAAAUUGUAGAAAAGGAAUGUAAAGAAAAGAUGGAAGAGAAGAAAGAGCCAACAGCAGAAAAGAUGACUGAACAAGACAGCAAAAAAACAGAUACAGUUGAGUCCAGCCAGCAUAGUGCCUUUGCAUCCACAAUGCAGCAUGAGGAUGUUUUAUGUCUAAAGGCUCCACCUGGCUAUGGGGAAGAUGUCUAUGAGGAGGAAAGAGGAGGAAAGGAAGAAAAGGGGGAUGAAGUGGAGGAACAGAAGUAUGAGUCAAAAGAACGUCCUCCAACUCCACUAUCAGGAGCCCAGGCUUGUUACCCUGAGGUCUCCAAGAAGACAGAUGAAGGAGUCACUCGACCCUCUGAUCUCAGUAUGGAGGCCACGUCCUCACAUUCACCUUCACUCUUCAAACACCGCAAAGGAGAUAUCUCUCCAUCCUUUAUUAAUCCAAGCCCACAGGAACUAUCAAGUGAGGAAGGAGAGGAAGAUGCCAGAAGCGAUCAUUCAAGGGACGAUGAUGAGCGUGAGCAGCACUCUGUCAAAAGGAGAUCUCACAAGCAGCAGCAUCGUCAUCCCCACAGUCGCCAUGAAGAUGGUAAGGAGGGAUCGCACAGCAUCCCGAGUGGUACAGCGACUGGGCAUGGCAUUAUGCUAGCAGGGGAGGAAACUCCUCCUACAUCUUUAAGUGAGUCACUCCCAUCUCAAUCUGACUCAGAUGUUCCUCCAGAGACUGAGGAAUGUCCUUCAAUUACAGCAGAAGGGAACCUUGAUUCUGAUGAAGAUGCAGAACAUCUACCUGUGGACAAAAUGUCUGCAGCUGGCGGCAGCGGAGGAAGUCAUCAUUCCUCCUCCCCGAGGAGUCACGAUCCCCCUCCAAUUCCAAUGAAAGACCCUCUUCCUCACCCACCACACCCAGAUGUGUGCAUGGUGGACCCAGAGACCCUUCUUAAUGGCCAGACCCACACAGAACGACCAGUGAAGAAAGACCUUAAGACUAAUAGAGGCCUGAGGAAGACACUAGGAAAGUCUGCAUCACCGGCACGUAAGGGAGAUGCAAAAAGGAGAUCUACUACCCCUGUGAAGCAGACAUCCAAAGAUUCCUCACCUCAUGAUCUUAAAAGAAAAGAUUCAGAGAAGACUUUUCGCUUGACCAAAAUGUCUGAGACACAGGGAUCCAGGGGAGAAAUUUACAACCCAGGAAGAGGAUUGGUCAAUGGCGUAAAGAGUAGUGCAGGCUCCAACCUUAAAUCCAGCACUGGGACUCCACCUGGACCACCCAUCUAUGUCGACCUAGCUUACAUUCCUAACCACUGCAGUGCUAAAAAUGUCGACCAAGAGUUCUUCAAGCGAGUACGAGCAGCAUACUAUGUCGUCAGUGGAAAUGACCCAGGCAGUGGUGAACCCAGCCGUGCAGUUCUAGAUGCUCUUCUAGAAGGAAAAGCACAGUGGGGCACCAAUCUCCAGGUCACUUUAAUCCCUACACAUGACACAGAGGUAACUCGGGACUGGUAUCAGCAGACCCACGAGAAACAGCAGGACCUGAAUAUAAUGGUCUUGGCCAGCAGCAGCACAGUGGUCAUGCAGGACGAAUCUUUCCCAGCCUGCAAAAUAGAAUUUUGAAUUGGUUUUCUAUUUAGAGCUUUUCAUUCGUUCCUCAUUCAUUUCUAAUCUUUUAGGUUUAGAUGAGUUACUCCACCCACAGCUUUCCAUCCGCUGCCAUUUAUAGUUUGUAUUCUAAUCCUCAAAAAUGCAACAAAAUCCUAGUGCUGUCAAGGGACUUUAUUAUAAGCUUCGGUCCUGAAUCUAUUGUACAUUUUUGAUUGCAUCUGCAAGGCUUUGGCAGAAAACUGAAUGUUCACUAGCUAGCUGCUAUGGAAUAAUAAUAUAAUGUUCAAGUAGACUAAAGUUGCAUUGCAAAUUGAGUUUUCUCAUAUUCUUUAACAUAACUUCGAGACCAAGAUUUUAUCCUGCCCGUAAUUUGAACUCGAAGCACAAAAAUUGCCCUCUGUGAAUUGGUAAAUACAUCAUCAUCUGAUUACCGUUCUGCAUCCUUUUACCACAUAUAGACACAGUUGCCUGGGAGAACAUACUGUAAACAUAAGGUCACAAGACCUUAGAUCAAACAACCUCUGAGAACAGACUCAAAAAAGACUAGUUUUGAGCUACGGUUACAUUGAGGCUAGACACAGUCUCCCCAUGAGAUCACAUACCAGCAGAUUGAAAAAAGAAAUAACUACUCUCAAUUGCUAAUCCAAACAGGAUUUGUGCCAAAUCUCAAUUCCAUCAAAUGCCGAUUUACAAAAUCAAACAUAAUCCAAGGUUUGACCCAAGGAUUAUUCUCUAUUCAAACAUCUAAGCAAUCCAGCAGUUUUAUCUCAAUAAUGUGAUAGAAGUGAAGACUGUACAUGCUUUUAAGAGUAAAGCAAAGCAGAUGGAAUCUUUACAAACUACAAACCCACUAAUAUGACAGAUUUUGGUUGACUAGGAUCUAAUAUGAUCAUGUGACUCAGGUUAUAGAAGGCAAACGGUUAUAGAAACUGAAAGGUAUUGCUAUUACUGUACUAAAGCAUGAUGCUUUCUAGCUCGGACUAAACUUUGUAGGUAUAUUAAUCUAGUGAUCUGUUGUGGGAAUCUGUUGGGAGUUCAGAUCUGUUUCAAAAGCAAACUAACAACAAGCAGCUUGAAAACCAUCUGCGCGUUGAGUAGACCAAGUUGGAAAUUGGAUUUUGUUGCCAAUUACUGUACAUGAUGUUCUGUUGCUUGAGUGAAAAUGACUGAAAUUUAAAUGUGGCCACUUUAAGACCAACUAAUAACGCUUCAAAUAAUCUGUUUUAUAUUUUAAUGUCAAAGAUUCAGACUUGUGACACGCUGAAUGUUUUGUGUAUACUUGACCUGAUUUUUUUUUUCUCCCCAAAAUGAGAUUCUCUGACCCACAAGCACUUUAGGUUUAACUUCUUUGAAAGGAAACUGGUGGAAAUUAAACUAUAUAUCCAAAUGUAGCAGUAGCAGUCAAAAUGUGACAUUUGUUAUAGAGAGACUAAUCAAUAGAAUUGAAUAGAUGUUUCAUGGUCGCUGUGAGAGCAGACAGUGAGGGUUACCCUCAUGUGCCUUUUGCGUGUUGUUCGACAAAGAAAAUGCUGAGUUAUUGCACACACACACAUACACACAAACACAGAGCGAUAUGUCUACUAACAUUCAUUUAUUUUGGAUUAACUGAAAUUAGCCUGAAAUUGUUUUUAGCCUCACAUCUUUAGGUUUACGCUCAUGAAGUUUUACUUGACGUUUAAUAAUUACAUUAUGUUGUACCAAGUACGAUUGCACUUUGCACGAAGUCAGUUUGGUAGAUAGGCAUCAUGUAAAUAAGUAACAUUUUAAUUUAUUUGAAAAAACAAAAAUUUCAAUUAAAAUGACUGAUCAACAUUAGUUUUUUGGUCCAAGAACUACUUCAGCUAGUUAUUAUCUAACUUAAAUUGUAUGGAGGUCAGUUACUGAGAAAAAAAUACUCUUGAAGUACUAGAAAAUGACCAGUUUAAGAUACAUUUUUGACUUUUGUUGCUAGUAUCAAUACAUUAAUUGGCAUUUAAAUGGCUUAUAUCUAUACAAAUGGUACAACUAUGAAUUCAACCUAACCUGAAGUUAUGUAAUUUACAAAACAAGCUAACAAAUAGUGUUUCUGUUUACACUAGAGACAAGAAGAACAUUUAGUAUGCCUUUGGAACUGAAGUAAUCUUGAUUUGACAGUGGCUCUAUGUUUUCAGUUACACUGUGAACAGUAUCUUCAAUAGCAAAACAUCAAGGCCUCAUUGGUAAAUGCACAAUUGUUUUGUCCUUGAAAAAACAUUGCUUUCAAGGCAGCAGUGCCAUCAUCCAUCCCGUACCAAAACAAGCUCUGAAACACUGCUUCCCUAACCCUAAUCCAGUAUAUUCGGAUUGAAUGGUUCGUUUUUAGUCUGUCUUGAUUUUUUUCUCUUUUUAAGUCAGUAUUAUGCAUUGCAGUAGAUUUAAUUUUGUGUUAUUUGAAUAUAAGUUCUCUCAGAGAAGUUGUCUGAGAUGGUCAAAGUGACAGGGUCUUUGUGUACUAGCUGAGAACGCACAGGUUAGAAGUGGUGGUCAAAGCCUGAGAUUAUACUAGUUUAUUGGUUGGAUAUAUACAGAAUUAUCUGCAAAAUCAUACCCAAUUCCACCAGUGUACGCAAACCCACACUGAGACCAAAUUCUUGUUUUUUUUAGAAGGAUUGUUAAAAUGGGCUGAAUCUGUACUGUACGUUGUAUGGUGUGGAUAUAUUUUCAUGUUUGAAGACGAGUGUUUUAUUUCAAAUACCUGGCCUUAGUAACAAGUACUAUAUGAUCUUGUUGAUUAGCUGUGAUUUCUUUACACAAAAUGAGAUUUGUGUUAAAGAUGAAUGCACUAACUUUAAUAUUUGAAUGUAAAAGUUGCUUUGCUGGAUGCUGCUUGAACAAAACAAAGAACUAGCAAAAUAUGCACAUGGAACAGCGAACCUCAGAAAAUGGGUCACCGAGAGAACUUGGUUUGGAUCGUGAGUGACUCAUGACAAAAUAUUACAUGUUCAGCUGUUGCUGAUUUUAGUACAGACACAUAACUCUCUUUAAAAUAAGAUUCAGAAGCUUUGGUUUGCAGAGGGCUGUUUCACAACUACCACACUGAAAACUGAACACGCUAUAGACGUUUCCUCCUUUACGAUGAAAAAAGCCAAAACAGAAAUGGCGUAACAAACGGCGUAACCUGUACAUAAAUCAAAAUAGCUGACGUGGUCAUUUAUGUGAAAUGGUCAUUGUAAUUCUACUUUCCUAAAGAUAAAAAAAUGACUGCUUAAAGUACCUCUACGAAUCUCUAUUAGUUUCAUUCUACAUCAAAUGCAUCAUCAUCAUGUGAUGGAUUCAUUUGGCCAUAUGUCAUGUAUACGUAUCCAUCUUUGCAUGUGACCUUAUUAGUUAUACUCCUGAAUGUAAUCGUUUAAUAAUCAGAAUUAAAAACUAUUUUAAGAAGAUAUAUUUGAAGCUAAUUGUCUUUAUGGUACUGAAAUAUGCAUAUAUUAUUGGGCUUGGCUUCUGUUUGCCCUAAGAUGUUGUCGAGAAGAUGCUGUGAUAUUUCCUCAUUCUUUGGCGCUGUAUGAAUCUUAGUUCUCUUCUUCUUUAGUGCAAUAUUCAACAUUCUGUCUUUAAAAGCUCAAUGCAAAAGUAGAUUUCUGCUGAUUUACUGUAAAGGGAACCAUCCUGGUGAUCAUCAAUAAAAACAUCAAAAUUUGGAAAACUC